AUGUACCACGGUCGUACUCGGCUCUGGUGUCCACUGUAUUCCGCCUUCUUGCCCGAGGUUGGGAAUGACCUCUCGAAAAAGCUCCGAUUGGACAGCGAUUACGUACAUCUACACAUGGACCUUGGCGAUAUACAACAUUCUCCCUUCAUCACUACCUUGUAUCCAAGAUCAACGAGAAUCAUUAGACACAUCGCCAAGCCAACGUACACCUCAGGACUACCAAAAGACAACAGAACCUUUACAUUUCUGGGUUGGCGAUCAAAUAACGAGAUAGAAAGUUUGGAGCUAAAGACCUGCAACAUGGCGCCACCAUCUGCUAUUGAGGUUUCUGCUGUAACGGAUACGUCUGGUGUGACUCUAGCGGAUCCUUCGAGUGCACCUAUUCAGAGCAGUGAGAUUCUGGGUAAGAGGAGGAAGACCAACAAAUCACAAUGGGUAGUUGCAGCACCAUCGGACACGUCCACCUUCAGACUGAGAUCAUACGAUGAUAAACCACUGGCGAAACGAUGGAGCCACAUCAUGAGCGAUGAAUCACUCAUUCGAAAGGGUAAUUCCCUCAAAGAAGCAGCAAAGUUCCUAGGUACCCCGGGCAUCAUCUCUCUAGGCGGUGGCCUGCCCUCUAGCGAAUACUUUCCUUUUGAAGAAGUUUCCGUCAAAGUUCCUCAGGUUGGCAAAUUCUCCGAGGCUGAAACCAAGGAAUCAGGUGUUGUCAUCACAGCAGGGAAACAUGACCUUGCAGAGGGCAAGUCCAACUUUGACAUUGCCACAGCCUUCAACUAUGGCCAGGGCGCCGGCUCAGCUCAACUCCUCCGCUGGGUGACAGAGCACACAGAAUUGGUGCACUCGCCUCCAUACCAAGACUGGCGCUGCACGAUGACGAUUGGAAGUACCUCUGCCACAGACAUGGCUCUCCGCAUGUUUACCAAGCCUGGAGAUAUCAUUCUCUCGGAGGAAUACACAUUCUCCGCCUUUGUGGAAACCGCACGGCCCAUGGGCGUCCGUGUAUGUGGUAUCCCCGUUGACAGCGAGGGCCUGAUUCCAGGGGAUAUGGACCACAUACUCACCAACUGGGACUUGGUAGCUAGAGGGGCCAAGAAACCACACCUCCUAUACACGGUGCCUACAGGCCAGAAUCCAACUGGUGCCACGCAGAGUGCGGAGCGGAGAAGAGCACUGUACCGAGUCUGCCAAAAGCAUGACAUUUUCAUCUUGGAAGAUGAGCCCUAUUACUUUCUCCAAAUGCAACCCUACACCGGUCCAAACGCCCCGGACGUCCCGCCUCCAUCCUCGCACGCCGAAUUCCUCAGCAGCCUCGUACCCAGCUAUCUAUCCAUGGACACGGAUGGACGCGUCGCCCGCUUCGACUCCUUCUCCAAAGUUAUAUCCCCCGGCUCGCGCGUGGGCUGGCUCACGGCCUCUGCCGAAGUUGUGGACCGCUACUCCAAGCACGCAGACUGCUCCACGCAAAACCCCUCUGGCAUGUCCCAACUCAUUCUCUUCAAGCUGCUCGACGAACACUGGGGCCACACCGGCUACAUAGACUGGCUCAUCCACAUGCGCAUGGAAUACACGCGCCGCCGCGACAUCAUUCUCGCCGCCUGCGCCCGCUACCUGCCCACGGAGAUUAUGAGCUGGAAACCCCCCAUGGCCGGCAUGUUUCACUGGAUGCAGGUGGAUUUCAGCAAGCACCCGGACUACCCGGCCAAGAGCAUCGAGGUCAUCGAGGAGAGCAUCUUUAUGCGUGUCAUUCAGCACGGCACGCUGGUGAUGCGCGGCAGUUGGUUUUAUGCGAAUAGUGAAGAGGAGCACGAUACCUUGUUUUUCAGGGCGACGUAUGCGGCUGCGCCGGGCGAGAAGAUUGAAGAGGGCAUUAGGAGGUUGGGCGAGGCGGUGAGGGAGGAGUUUGGGCUGGGCAAGUAUGUGAGGGGGGUGAGUAAUGGUCAGUGA